AGCGGGGUGACUCCUCCCAUGCACCUGAUAGGGAGUAUUUACAGCUCUUUACAGCUUACCCACUGCACUGUUUCCAAGAGCGCAGCGCCGCACCAUGACACUCCACUGGACCUAAACUUUAAGGAUUUCCGUCUUCACUCUCUAAACCUGCCGCUAUAUAUUCCGAGAGAGAGAGUGUGUGUGUGUGUGUGUGUGUGUGUGAGAGAGAGAGAGAGAGAGAGAGACAGAAAAAAGUUUGCCAAAAGUUGUCCACUACUUGUUCUUCCAAGAUGCCACGCUCGUUUCUGGUCAAGAAACACACAAACUUCGCAAAGAAGCCAAAUUACAGUGAGCUGGAGAGCCCGACAGUGUUCUUCACGCCGCACAUCUACAGGGCCCUUCCUCUGCCCGUCAUCCCGCAGCCGGAGAUCCUGAGCCCGGCGGCGUACAGCCCCAUCACAGUGUGGACUACCAGCAACUUGCCGCUGUCUCCGCUCCCCAGCGACCUCUCCCCCAUCUCUGGAUACCCCUCAUCGCUCUCCGACACCUCCUCUAAAGACCACAGCGGCUCUGAGAGCCCGAGGAGUGAUGAGGACGAGCAGAUGCUGCCCAAGCUGACAGACCCUCACGGGGUGGAGGCAGAGAAAUUCCAAUGUAGCUUGUGCAGCAAGUCCUACUCCACGUACUCUGGACUGCUCAAGCACAAACAGCUGCACUGCGACGCCCAAACGAGGAAAUCCUUCAGUUGUAAAUACUGCGAGAAGGAGUACGUGAGCCUGGGAGCUCUCAAAAUGCACAUCAGGACUCACACCUUGCCUUGUGUUUGCAAAAUAUGCGGGAAAGCUUUCUCCAGACCCUGGCUGCUCCAAGGACACAUCAGGACGCACACCGGAGAGAAGCCGUUCUCCUGCCCUCACUGCAACAGGGCGUUCGCAGACAGGUCCAACCUCAGGGCUCACCUACAGACCCACUCGGAUGUGAAAAAAUACCAAUGCAAGAACUGCUCCAAAACCUUCUCCAGGAUGUCUCUUCUGCACAAGCAUGAGGAAUCUGGGUGUUGUGUAGCACACUGACUGAACUGGGAUACUUUCUUUUUUUUUUUCUUCUUUUUUUUCCCCACCAUCAUCAGAGAAAGACAGAAAAUACAAACUGUUGCUUCUUUAUGUUUUCCGAGCCCGGGAGAGCUGUCAGUGAAUCACAUCGAUUGGGGUUGGGGGGGGAGUUUCUUUCUUUUUUUUUUCUGCUUCUUCUUCUUCUUCUUCUACAAGUGGUCGAGUUCAUUUCAGAGCUCUGUGUGCUCAUGUGCCUCUCGCCUCAAGCAGUGUUUUCUGUGAUUGCAAUCAGCGUCGAGCUUUGUCAUGCCAUGUACUCACCUACCUGUGCUAUUCAUGCACUUUUUCUGCAUGUCUAGAAUGUUGUUUUUCUUUUUUUUAAAUAUGACUUCACAAUGUUAUCCGCAGUGUUUUUGUACCGAUGUCUCUCAUUGGCUGUUAUGCAGUCCUCCACUUCCUUCUUUUUUUUUCUUUUUUUUGUUAUUACAGACGAUACCAAAAAAAAAAGGCGCAUUAUUAUGAAUGACAGUAUGAACAGAGGAAUGCUGAAGCCAUUGUUACUUAGGGAACAAGUGCAAACUUAGUUGUUUUUUUUUAGGGUGAAUUUACUUCAACUUUUUGCACAGUCAGUAGAAACAGUUUGCCAGCACUCAAAUAGCAAAACAGAUUUUUCUCUCAAGUGCCUCAGUUUUACUUGGCAAUAAUAUGUAUGUUCCCUGUUUUUUUUGUUUGUUUGUUUGUUUGUUUUUAUAUAUUUUUAUAUAUUGAAUGUAAGCGUGACUGAGAUGAUUGUAUAUCAGCAGUGAAAACUGUGAUGCUGAAUGAUUUUUGAUAUUUUUUUUCAUAUCCUCAUGACACUUUUGGAAAAUAAAGUUUCAUGACAUUUAUUUUUUCGUACACAUUU